CGCACACGCACACGCACAGGCUCUUAUUACACCUUGCACGCUCGUUUAAGAAGACCCAGGAAAAGUCUGCUUUCUUGGUGUUUCUGCGCACACGUCUUUUACGCACCAAACUUCUUCCAAGCGUCUAAAGAGCUGCAGGACCACCCAGGAGCUCCGAGUCUGCUUCUUCCGGAAUUCCGUGUGAGGCGGCGGUCACAUGAGGCCAAGUUUGGCAGCUUUUUCUCAUCUUCCGAGUGGAUUCGUCCCCGAGGAGCCAUGAACGCCUCCUCCAUCCUCGACGCGACCCAGGGCGCGCUGAUCAACGGGAGUCGGACCCUGGCGGGCACUCUGGCCACCUACUCCGGCAACGGCAGCGAGCAGGCGGUGACCGUGGACGGCAACGGGUCGCUGGUGUUGCUUCAGGAGGAGCGCAAACUGCUGGUGAUGAGGGUGGUGCAGAUCGCCGUGCUGUGCGUGCUGUCGCUCACGGUGGUCUUCGGGGUCUUCUUCCUGGGCUGCAACCUGAUGAUCAAAUCCGAGAGCAUGAUCAACUUCCUGGUGAAGGAGCGCCGGUCCUCCAAGGACGUGGAGACGGGAAUGAUCGGACUCAGCUAGAGAGUGGACGUGGAGCUGGCUGGGGCUGACGCUGGGGAGGGGGGGUCUGUAUCUGCAUGAACUUGUUCAAGAUUUCCUCCAAGUGUUCCCCCUCAGCGAAGAUCAGAUAUGCAACAAGGUCACGCUUCCCUUCCAGGACUCCAAAGUAGGACGUGCGUAAAGCUUGUGCGUAAAAGAAACCAACAUGUUUACGCGUGGCUCCGUGUCUUUGGGGUGAAGUUUUAAAAAAAAUGCCAACUUGAACAAAAGUGACGAAAAUGUUUACAAGCUGUUACCUCAUGUUCGUUUUGCUUUUGUACUUUGGGUAAUUUUAUUUUCAUGAAUGUUUCAAUGAAACACUCCAAAAGCAUGAUUGAGAUUUUUUUUGCAGUCAACUCUCUCAAGUAAGGAGCGUGUGAGUUUUCUCUGUCAAAAGGUAUUUUUUCUUGACUUAUAUGUGCAAAUACAACCACAAAUGGACAAAUGUUGCACGUUUUAAGCUCGCACACUUUAUGGAGUGAUGCUGCCCCUUGUUUGGCAUGCUUGUUUGGAUGCUUUUGGUGUGUUGUUAAGUCAUUCCCGGAAUCUGUUUUGCACUUUGGAAAAUGCUGCAUGAUGUCUUCUUUUUGUACCAAAAGAGAUUGCAAAGAUUAAAAAAUAGCAUAUUAUACUCUUGUUUUG